UCCUCCCAGCCGAUGCUUGGCGGAGGAGGCAGCGGCCGCGCGGUGGCCUCCGGGAAAGGCGCCUUCCUUCGGUCGUACUGCGCUUUUCGCUCCGGCUGCGAAGCUCACAUGGCUUCCCGCGAAGAGCACGAUGCGGUCCUGUUCAGACGGGGGGCCGGGCAGAGUGAUGAUUCUGAUAUAUGGGAUGAUACAGCACUCAUAAAAGCAUAUGACAAAGCAGUUGCAUCUUUCAAGAAUGCCUUGAAGAAUGAUGACUGUUCAGAGCCUUUGGACAAAACUGACCAAAAUGCUGGAGCAAAAAGAAAAAAUAAUAAAAAGAAUAAGAGUAGAAAGAAAAGUAAUGCUACAACACAGAAACAGUGGAGAGUUAAUGAUGCAUGUAGUGCAGUUUGGUCCGAAGAUGGCAAUGUAUACCAAGCAUCUAUUACCUCAAUUAACUGGAAGAAAGGAACUUGUGUAGUAGUUUAUACUGGAUAUGGUAAUAGUGAAGAGCAGAAUUUGUCAGAUCUUUUACCACCGAUGGAUGCUGAGGGAACUAAUGAAGAGAAAAGUGCUGCUGAGAAUGAAAAUGAGACUCAGUAUUCAACAGAUGAAAGUGACUUUUCCUUCCGGUCACCUCAAAGCAAACACAAUCAUACAAAAUCAGCGCAGUGGAAUUCCCACUUUCCUCUUCCACCAUCACCUUCAGUACAAGGCUCAGGAAAGGCUGGAAGGAAAUUCACUGGGCCUCCACCUUUCUUAUCAGGCUGGUCUCCACCAUUUCCAUCAGGGCCACCGUUGAUACCACCUCCUCCACUUCUUAGUUCAGAUUCUCCUGAUGAUGAUGAAGCUUUAGGAAGUAUGUUAAUAGCUUGGUAUAUGAGUGGUUACCACACUGGCUAUUAUCUGGGUUUAAAGCAGGGCCGAAUGGAAGCUACCUUGGAAAGACACGCCCACUCAAAGUAACUCUGAGAGAAAGAGUCCACCUCUACCCCUGUCAGCAGAGGAGCCUCACUGAUAACAACACAAUUGAACAGAGAAUGCUCAGAGAUGAAAAUCUGCCACUAAUGCAUUUGUCUACAUUAUUUUCAUUGCUAGCAAGACUACUGACUGGGUUACCCUGCUGUUAUCAUCCUGUGGUCAUCCUUAGGUGCAUAUUUUGGACAAAUUGAAUAAUCUUCAGGUAAAUUCUGAUAAUUUAAGUCCAUGCUGAUUCUUAGAGUCAACUUCCAAGAUGAAGACUUACCUUCACUUCUAGCUCUACAGCAACAUUAUCCUGAUGUAUUCCACGUUGUAGUUGUGGACAGUAGCAAUGACCUGAGCUGAAAAACUGCUUUCGUGCGUGGACUAUCCAGGAUCCAGGACUAGAACAACUCUUUUGUCAGUUAAUGGUCGCUUACUAUCAUUCAACUGGUUUGAAAUAUUGGUCAAUAAAAUUAACCUUUUCCAAAUUGAUUUUCUUUUUUCUUUUUCAGUAAGCUUACUGAUAUCUAGAACAGGUAGAA